GUUGUAUAAUAAAUUACAAUUCUGCGCAAUCGUAACCGCGGUCGUCCAUGUCGUUGACGAGAUACCGCAAUGAUAUGGAGUGAACUGAAAUAGGACUUUUUAACUUUUGGCGGGAACGAUAGUCUUAUCACCGAGACGGCGAAAUGAAAACAGAUAAAAUCUAUUCUGUGAUGAAAGUAUACCAAGUACAGACUGAAGUACUACUGUACUACUGUAGUAGAAGUACCUAUGGAGUAUGGACUACAACAAUAUUAACUUUUAACAACAUUCGACAAUAACAAAAACGAAGACCACUGUAAAAAAAUUGUCUUAAUUAUUAUUUGAUGUAUUUUAUUGAACACUAUGGACGAAGCCAUACAUCACUUGGAACAAGUUGUGACUAAUAUUGAAAAAAGAAUAGACACAUUAAGUUGGAAAAUAAAGAAAUUCGAACGAGUACUCUUUUCAGAAAAUGAGACAUCCCACUCGUGUAAAAUGAUGUCCAUGAUGGCUAAUUUAGAAGAAACAUGCCGUAAAUAUAAUGAGGUAUUAUUAAUGGUGACCGAACAUAAAAAUGAACAAAAUGCGUUCACUGAUACAUUACAAUUACAAGUAAAUUUAGUUAAAAGCAAAGUUGAAACUUUACGAGCAAUUAUGACAAAAGGAAGAUCAAUUGAGUUCUAACUUAAUAAAUUAAUGAUUGUUAAAAUAUAAAUAAAUAGGCUUAAGUAAAUAUAAUUUUUUUAAUAUAAAUAUAUUUAUUUUUUUAUACAUUUUUAUUUAUUUUUAAUUCACUUAAACGAUGUAUAUAAAUUAACAAUUUUUAAAAUAUGUAGGUACUAACAUCUAACAUUAGUAAUUACAUUUCAUUUCUGUAAAAUUAUUAAAAAUGAAUGUUUCAAAUGUUUCAAUAUUUGUUAAGUUAUUUUGAAUAAAUGAACAAUAAUGUAAUA